UGAAAAAUUUAAUGCAAGAGCACAUACCCUUUUGAGUGCUACGGAAUAACAGUUACUGGGCCAGUUUUUUCUUUCUGUGUUUGAUGUCAACCUGGACCUUACAAUCUGAAAAAAAGAGUUUUUGACAUAGACUAAUGUUGGUGGCAUGAAAGGUCUAGAACGGAAUAUGGCCACCAAAAAUCUUUUUCCAAGGACUAGAGAAAUUAGUUGAUACCUGAGUAGAACAGACCAAGUGAUGGUACUGCCGUUAAAUUAUUGGCCAAGGGUUGGCUAAUUGAUGUUAGGCAUUUGAAUGUUAUAGUGGUUGAACCACCUCAGUAAAAGUACAUCAGAGACCGUGGGAACUGAUACUGAUUCAGUUGCAAUUGAGGGCAACAUUAAUGUCCAGCUGUCCAGAAUGGAGUUCACUCAUGCAAAGGCUGCCCACAAGCCUACAGCCAUGGCACUUCACCUUGUGGACCAUCUUUUUAAAAGAGAUGUGUUGUUUAAAUCAACUGUCCAUGGCACAAAGGGGUAUGCUCCCCCAGACCAAGACAUACUUACUGCAAUUAGAGUAUUAUCAGGGCAAGCAACAGAUGCUCUAAAUGAUAGUUGUGAGGACAAGCUUAUAGAUGGUAAUAAAGACCUGAUGCAGUUCUUUGAAGAAAUAAUCAAAUGUUUGUCAGAAGAAAACUAUGGCCAAUGUUCUACCAAUACAGACAAGUGGAUACAACUUUCAAGAGUUGUUUGUGAGAUAUGUGGACGAUUGGGUGAUGAACAGAAUAUUCAAGAGGAUCAUUUGGCGCACUGUAGAGAAGGUGAAGAAAACUACUUUGCUGAUGUGUACUAGGGUCUAGAACUCCCCAUUUAUACAUGUUUUUC